AUGGCGACGAAGCAAGCAGCCAAGAUUUUCAGCGAGGUGGCCGCGAACCGCCGCUCGAUAUACGCGCUGUCGAACAAACCCAUCCUGCCUGACCAACAGGUGGUGAAGCUCGUGCAGACCGCGCUGCGUGAGGCUCCCUCGGCCUUUAAUGUGCAGAGCAGCCGUGCCGCUGUGCUGUUCGGCAAAGACCACAGCGCCUACUGGAACAAGAUUGUGCCCGACGCGCUGCUGAAGGUUGCUGGCCAAAAGGCUGUGGAUGCUUCCAAGCCGAAGCUGGAUGGCUUUUCCAAGGGCUACGGAACCAUCCUCUUUUUCGAAGAGAACAAGCUGAUCAAGGGUCAGCAGGAGUCGCUUCCUGCCUACGCGUCCUCUUUCCCAAUCUGGUCGCUGCACGCUUCGGGCAUGGCGCAGGUCUACACUUGGGCGCUCCUCGAGGCCGAGGGCUACGGCGCGAACCUGCAGCACUACGGCAACAUCACCGGCGAGACGCUCAAGGAGAAGUACAACAUGCCAGAGUCGUAUCAGAUCCAGAGCGAGAUGGUGUUCGGCUUCCCUGAGCAGCCUGCUGGUGCCAAGACCUCGUUGCCUGAUGCGGAACGCGUUGUUUCGUUUGGCGCAAACUAA